UUUCUUCACAUUCGCUGAAUCUAUUCAUUUCUUCUUUCAUAAUUACUUGUUUCUACUUCCUUCCUUUAUAUAUUUUCUUCACUGAAAUUGGAUUCAAUGGAUAAUAAUUAUUCCAUGUUGUUCCCAUGUCCUCCUUCUUCUUCUUCUACUUCCUCGUACCAGAUUUCAAUUUCUAACAAUAAUAACGACAAUAGUAAUCAGCAGCAUGGUUUCAUUACUGGUUUGAAUAAUAAUAAUAACGGUCAAAGCUCCAAUAAUAGUGCAUUUCUGGAUUUGAAGUUUCAUGAGCAGCAGCUGAAGAGAUCAGAAGAAGAUCAAGAAGAAGAAGAAGAAGAGAGGAUUAAUGUGAGUGAUCAUCAUCAGUUAGGGGGUGGUUCUUCAUCAUCAUCGAACAAGAAGAAAGGAGAGAAGAAAAUAAGAAAACCGAGAUACGCGUUUCAAACCAGGAGCCAAGUUGAUAUUCUUGAUGAUGGUUAUCGAUGGAGGAAAUAUGGCCAAAAGGCUGUUAAAAACAACAAAUUCCCAAGGAGCUACUAUAGGUGCACACAUCAAGGGUGCAACGUGAAGAAGCAAGUGCAACGUCUUACAAAAGAUGAGGGUGUAGUGGUGACCACCUAUGAAGGAGUGCACACUCACCCAAUUGAGAAGACAACCGACAACUUUGAACACAUUUUGAGUCAGAUGCAAAUAUACACCCCCUUUUGAUUUUUUAUUUUUAUCAAUAUAUAUAUUUCAACAACUCCAAAUUAUUAGACAAAUUUUGUCGAAAAUGAUAAACAUGUGUAUCUUCUUACUAUAUAUGUUUUUAUUACUUUUAAUAAAAGUUGUCUAAUAAUUUUUGAGUUGUUAAAAUAGCAUUCUUAUUUUCGUCUAUAUAAUAACAUCUAAGAUCUUAAACUGGCAUAUGUGAACAUAUACUUCGGUUAAUUAGAUCAAUAUAGUUAGGGACUUCUAGCUAGUUUAAUUUAGUUGCCCUUCCUUUGAUAGAAAAGGAA